AUGGCAAAUCGACAAGGCUACGAUGUCGUCGUGGAUGUCGACGCGGAGGGAGAUCUUGGCCAUACAGACUUGAACGAUGACCUCGAAUUCCAUAACUCUACAUUCGAAAACCAAAACGCACGAGGUGGAAAUAAGAUCCAGCCCGACCAAGCCAACAACUCCUUCCUCAACCCGUCCUCGAAUGCGCCCUCAUCCUCGAAACGCUAUCUUUGGUCAAUAGCCUUCUACCAGCAAUUCUUCGAUGUAGACACCAACCAGAUAUUGCAUCGCUGCCAGGCGGCACUUUUCCCAAGACAAAACUUUCUCGAUGUGCUAGAAGGGAACCCAGACCUAUAUGGUCCAUUCUGGAUUGCUACAACAGUGGUGGUCAUCCUGUUUCUUACAGGCACAAUCAGUCAAUAUCUGGCAGAGAAGGGCAAGGGACACUUUGCAUAUGACUUCAGACUGCUCUCUGGGGCGGCGGGAUUGGUUUACGGCUACACAGCUGUGAUCCCGUUAGGGCUGUGGGCGACGUUGAAGUGGUUUGGGAGCGAAAGCGCCAACUUACUGGAGUGCUGGGCGCUAUACGGCUAUGCAAAUUUGAUCUGGAUACCUGUGGCUUUGGUGUCAUGGAGCCCAUUAACUGCUCUGAACUUCGCAUUCGUUGGAGUAGGAUUUGCACUUUCCGCGGUGUUCCUGUUCCGCAAUCUCUAUCCAGUCGUCUCUGCAACGGAUGCGAAGACGUCCAAGAUCCUCCUGAUCGUGGUCAUAGCACUUCAUGCUGGACUUGCGAUCGCCAUCAAGAUCUUGUUCUUCGCGCAUGGAAGUCCGGUGUCCAAGGCUGGGGACAAGGCCAAGCCAGCAGAUGGCGAUGACACCACGAAUUUGCUCUUCAGCAUGUGA